AGAAGUUGGUUAGACCUCAGAGGGGACGUGUAAUCGGGCUUACAAAAUGUAUUGCAGGACACGUUGAACCUUUGUACCUGCUGGAUAUCUCUUGACAUCCUCUCUCCCACAAAACUGGCACAGCUUAGUGAAAUGGAUGUGCGUGGAGGUUCAUUAUUUCUCCCGUUAAUGCCUUGUUCAACUUCCAAUAUGGUAGAAGAGCUUGUUGUCGAGCUGUGGGUUGUUGUCAUGUCCCCCCAGUACCGAUAGUGGUGCUGUGAGGAGUCUACCGAGGACUGAGCUAAAUAAAACCCAGCAGCCCGUACUUCCAAUGUUAGCCGAGGAUAAAAUACAUUUAAAUGCCUCUUUGCUCUAAAAUUCAUGGCGCACAACUUCAAAAAGGAGUGUUUUCCGUAGCAUUUCGAGUACCGAUGCAUAACGGGUGCAGCUGAUUGUAUUAGGCAUUUCCACAGUCUAUCCGGAGUGAAUACCCCGUAGCGCCUAGACUAAUUGAAGCUGAUGUUUUCAAGGACCAGAGUCACGUGAUGUAUGAGGGGAAACACAUACACUUCUCGGAGGUGGACAAUAAGCCUUUGUGCUCCUACAGCCCCAAGCUCUGCAAGCAGCGCAGACUUAACGGAUACGCCUUCUGCAUACGACAUGUUCUAGAGGACAAGACUGCUCCCUUCAAACAAUGUGAAUAUGUGGCCAAGUACAACAGCCAGCGAUGCACCAACCCCAUCCCCAAAGCUGAGGACCGUAGAUACUGUAACAGCCACCUGCAAGUGCUGGGCUUCAUCCCCAAGAAGGAGCGUAAGAAGAAGCAUGAUGCGUUGGAGUCUGUAGCCUUGAACAUCACAGUGCCCUCUCUGACUCUCAAAGCCUCCAAUGGGCUAGAUGGCUUGCCUCCUUCCCCCACAUACACUCGCCUGCCCCCCCUUACCCUCCCUGACACAGACCUUCUUGACCCCUUUGCCUUCUAUGAGGAGGACACUGAUGGAGUGGAGAGUGCCCUGCAGAAAAGCGCCAUUGUUAAGAGGAAACUGCCUAGUCGACUAGCUCUCAGUCAGCAAGGGCCACCCCAUGACACUGACCUUCCUGCACCCACCUCAGAACACUUCACACCAGUCACGGUUGCCUGCACACUGCCCAUCUCACCACAGCUACCACCCCCACCACCACCUCAGCCACCACCGCCAUCACUUCCUCCUCCACCUCCUCCUCCUCCUCCACCACAACCACCAGGGCUUCUCCCAUCUCCCCAGCCUGCUGUUCUGUCCCCUUAUAUCCAGCAGGGGGCACCACAGGGUCUGCUAUGCAAGCCAGCCCCACCUCAGACUGGAGCCUCUCUGGUGCUCAGUGCACCCUCAUCAGCAGGCCAGCAGAGCCAGCCUCUUGCCCGGAAAGUUCUCCUCACUGCCUCUGGUCACCCAUCUCCUACCGAGGAAAGUCCACAACGCCGACCUGUGGCAAUGCGACCCCCUGCCUUCACAGUGCCCCCUGCCUGUCUGCUGAGGCUGCAGCAUCUAGUGCAGCUCUGUGCCCAGAGACACAGAGAACACGGAGACCUCUUCCCUCAUCUCGGGCUGGAUUGGUCUGAAGACAGUGCUGAUGAGGAUGAAGAUACAGAAAGAAUUCCUGCAUCACCUCAGGCUUGGAGAUUACAUGAAGGAAGUCAUCACCAUCAUUCCAUUUCUGAAGGUGUAGAGCCACGGCGGUCUCGUCUGGCUCGGCUAUGUAGUUACUUGCAGGAACGCUACAAGCACCUCUGCAGGGAGGAGAGAGCUGCCAUGCGUCAGAGGCGAUAUAAGUACGUCUUCAGGAAAGCUCUUCUCCACGCAGCUAGCAAAGACCCUAACUGCACCGGGGAACUUAUCCAACAGCUGAGCAAAACUUCUCACACAUCCAAUAGUUCGAGACCCGAGGUGCAGCAGGAUGUGGCUGUGUGUACAGGAAACACCAAGGGUCAGCCUUGCAGCAACCCAGCUCUGCCUUUCACACACCAUUGCUUCCAACAUAUCCUGCUGAAUCGUUCUCAGCAACUCUUCUCCAGCUGUACUGCUCGAUUUGCUGAUGGACAGCAGUGUUCUGUCCCUGUCUUUGAUAUCACACACCAGACGCCUCUCUGUGAUGAGCAUGCCAAGAAAAUGGAUGAUUUCUUGCGCGGGGAUGGUAACAGGCGGGUACAGCAGCAGCUGCAACAGCAGCAAAGGCGGCCACGCAAAAAGAGUAAACCACCCGCCCUGACCAAGAAACACAAGAAGAAGAGGAGGCGGGGCCCACGACGUCCACAGAAACCCAUCCCCCCUGCCCUGCCACAGGGCAACCUGCCAAUGCCCCCCACACUGGCACUGCCCACCCACCACCCACCCAUCAGGAGUCCCUCUACGCCUGACCUCAGUGCAGAUGAGCUUCCUGAUGACAUCACCAAUGACAUAGCAGACAUUCCAAAUGACUUGGAAUUGAAUCAGGAGGACUUCUCUGAUGUGCUGCCCAGACUACCAGAUGACUUGCAGGACUUCGACUUGUUUGAGGGUAAGAAUGGGGAGCUGCUGCCCACUACAGAAGAAGCUGAAGAGUUGGUGCGUGCACUCCAGGCAAUGGGUUCAUAUCCGGACUCUCUGGCUUGUUUAACCUCAAUGGGUGAGCUAGCCCCGACUGAUGGGGUUGACCAUCGCACCAUGAGCGUGUUUUCUGGUUCAGGGGUCACGGCAGCAGGCAUGGGGGACCUCCUGAAUGGCCGAAUAGCAUCAGACAACUUUUCCAGUCUGGAGUUGGAGGAUAAUCUCCUUCAUCACUCAGCAGAUCAUUUCCCUCCCUCGCCGCCUCCCCGGCCGCCUCCAGUCUCAGCCCCCUCUGCGGCCCCUCCUGCAGGCCCCAACAGUGUACUGGCUGAGCGAACGUUCCCUCAUCCCACUCUCGCUAAGACUGAUCCUCCGUUGCCAUCUCCACCAGGUAGUCAUUACAGCAGUGAGCAUGUGCCAUCGCCCUACAGUGACCAUAUCUCCUCCCCACAUGCUGGCUCAUACCAGACUGAGCCUCCACUCAUGCUGGAGGUGCCUCUAAGCGGCUUACCAGGCGCUCCCAGAGCCUCCUGGAGCAACCUUCCGCUUUCUCUCACAGACCCAGCACAGUUCGGUAACCUCCUGACUCCUGAUGCUCACCUCCUCUCCACUUCUCUAUCUACCCCUCCCUCUAACACACACUCGGCAGCGUUGCAGCCCACAGCAGCCCUGUCUGCCCUGCCCCAGCCAGGCCUCACAAGCCUCACCUCGCCCCCAGCCUCCUCAACAUCCCCCUCGAACUCUCCCCGAGACCUUCUCACCCCUGCCCAGCCCAAACUGCAGCUCCCACAGUUUAGCGCAGCCUUCGGCCACCAGCUGGCCUCUCACAGCGGCAUCCCUAAAGAUCUCCAGCCCAGCCACAGUUCCACAGCACCCCCUACAGGCUUCACCAUCGCCAGUGCCACUGCUGCAAGUGCCAACAGCGCAACUCCUCCCUUCCAGCAGAGCAAGUGAAAGAGAAAGGCAGGCCUGCACACAAACCAAUAGCAAAGCCUUAGUCAGGGUUCAGCCAGAAUGGACACGGUGCACUUCUACUGGCUUUUUUGAUCUGAUCUAGUGUAGCUCCUUGAUUGAUCACAACUCUUGUUACUGCCUUUCAAGUUUCAAGAAAUUUAUUGGCCAGUUGUUACAAGUGCACUGUACUUUUUCUCUUAUUAUGUAGUCAGUCCAAAGUAUUAAGUAAUAAUAUUGGUUGGACAUCCCAGGCUGUUUGGGGGAAAAGUGUUUAGAAAUACACCUACACUGAAAUUGAAUUACUCAUACUGUAAUUCACACAGAUUGGAGUAGCCAGUUGUUUAGUUGGCUUGUGUGCAGAGCUGUAUUGCCUGUUUUUGUCAGGGUAAGGGUGCAGGAGUGUUGUGAGUAAGGUGAAGAGACUUCCUAUCAUUAUGAUGAUGUUGUUGUUGUUGUUCAGUUCAGUGUGUCUGCCUCAGUCAGUGGCCCCAGUUUAACUCAUAACAGCUCAGUCUGAAGCUUUCACCCACAUUGUUGCUUCAGUCACUCAUCCAUUUUUCAUGUAAGGCUUCAUUUAUUGAAAAUGGACAGCAGAAGUAUUAGUGAGUCUCUGAUCUUUACAACUGCGCAUAUCUAAAUCUGAUCGUUGGGGUGUCCAGUCAUGAAAGAAACCGCCAAACAUCUUUUAUCCAGAAGAUUUUAUAUUGCACUGUACAUAUUUAUUGUUUUAUCAGCUUAUGCAGACACUCAGAUGAAGCUAACUCAGUGGACCUAGCCUGGGCCAUAGGCUUUUCCUGUUCAGAGACCUCAAAGACAGCUGAAGGUAAAACCUGGUUACUCAAAGCAAUAAAACACAUCAGCAUAUUUUCUCAUCACAGUAUUGAACCACGUGUCAGUCUCAUGGCAUCUAGACAGCUCGACCAUCGUAGAAGUCUGGAGUCUUGAGAAACACGUUCUUUCAUUGAAAACAAAGGCUGAACUCUUUUCUGGUUAAUAGCAGAGCUAAAGCUAGGCUGUGUUAAUUGAAGAAAAAAAAACCACCAAUAUGGAACUUUUAUGGAGAAUAUAAAAUAGCUUUUAUAUUUAUGACAAAAGAAAAAUAAAAAAUCUAUAUAUAUAUUGAGCGUUUUAACCAAAUAUAUGGAUGUUCCUCUUUAUGGUGCUUAUUAGGUUUAGAAUAAAAUGGCCUAGUGAGGUUUCUCCUUAAGCCAAGAGCAGAGCAGUCUUUUAAUGGAACAUGGAAUUUGUGGAUGAAUAGAUAACAUCACCUUAAAUGACCCUGUCUCUCCUAUGCUGGGACCUUUUGGUGCAAUUUCUGUGGAGCAGGACUGUGUUCAUAGAUGUCUCCUCUUCAUACUUCCACAGUAAAAUGAACCAGGUUUAAACUCAGCAUGUGCAGUAGGCUGGCUGCCAGCACAGAAAAUAAACUGCUGUUGACCAGCCUGAGAGGCAGCACAGGGAAACGCUCCCAACCUAAUCCUGGCCUGUUAUUAUUUUUUAUUCUUCUUCAGCUAUGACAGUACAACAUGGGUUUUUGGUAGUUUUUAGACAGAAUGAUUAUCACAUAUUGUCAUGUGUUAAAUAUAUUUAUAGAGUAGCAAUUGGAUUUGGAAGUAGCAAUUGGUUUUUAUUGGUGCGUUUAACUGAGUGGCUGUGGACUGAUUAUGAGGUUAAAACAUUCAUUUGCAGGAUACCCAGUGGAGUUCUAGUUUUGUGGUGUACCUGUCACUAGGUUUAAUGGCUAUCAAAAUUCUAGUGAUUAAUAUUUGAAUUAAGUUAAAUAACUGUUGUUGGUGUAGUCUUGUCGUUUAUUUGGACAAAAAGACUGUGAUUAUGUUCGACAGUAUUUUUGAUAGCUAUUAAAAUCCAGCUAGCAGUUAUGGCUGCAAGAUUGGUGUUUGCAUGAACAUGAACACAAAAAAAAACCUAUGACCUGCAUUGUGACAACUGGAUUGCCCGUGGAAGCUUGUGUCCAAAGAGAAAGAUUAAAAAGAAUGCUAAUGUGAUAGUAAGCAUACUGGAACUUUAAAUUUAAAUUUUUUUUUUGCACAAAUCUAAAUCGAAGCAUACUUAGUUUGGAGUUUAAUUGUUGUCCAUUUAUCACAUGGAUCACUUCACAGUUGUGGUCGUGCUGUAGCAUCAGUAAAUUUCAUCAAUGGUUUCUUCUUGUGAAUCAAGGCCUCAACCAAGUUCCUACUGAUUAAAGAGCAAAAAGAUAAUUACUUGUUGAUUAGUUGGUUCAAACAAAUGAUAUUAGCAGGAAGCACUUUGAGCUCUUCAGUACCUUCCACCACACCAUGAAGUCGUCUCUCUGUAGUCAUACUAAUCCUAGGAUGUUAAUGAGCUGGAAUGUUACACACACAGAAGGUGAUCCUGCGGUGUUUCACAUAAAGCAUGAGAGAUUUACUGCACAGAGAAACUCCAGUCAACCCUCUAAAGCAGACCAUCUUCAGGGCUCUGUUGGCACUUGAAACUGCUUAAAAUCUGAAAGAUGGCUGACAAAUUCCUAUACUCAUUGAAUGUACUGUAUAACUGUUUUUAAAAUGAUAGGAUGAGCUAAUAAUAAUUGUCACCUUUUGUUAUUGGUCCUUGUUUAAUUUGUCUAAGGUAUUUUUUUGUAUACAAAGGUUUACAUUUUUAUGUAUAUUUUUCUUGUACAAUUAUGUAAUAUGUGUAUAAACAUUGUAUGUAAUAUCUGUAUAUAGUGUGACAAAAUUUGAUCUUUGUUUUUGGACGUAUGAAUAAAACUUGCUGUGUGGAAUCUA